AGGACUAUGCCGAGAUGGCCGUCAAGGCUCUCCAGCCCGACGGGAAAGUCGUCAUUUUCUUCCCGUCCAUCACGCAGAUCCUCGACUUUGUCACCUGGGCAAAGGACACGGAACAGCCGCUGGUGCAGGACCGCGUCGUAGAGCUGCAGACGUCGACGUCGGGUGAUGACAUGUUCCAGGACGGCACGGGCGGUCGGAACUGGGAUGUUAAGGUUGUGGCUAUUCGCAAGGCGAUUGAGAGGGGCGAGACGGGCGCGGCGGCGAGGGGGAUCGUUUGCCGGCCCAAGGUUGGGUCGCGGGUUGUUGGGGGUGGCUUCGUUGCGGUCUUUACCAAGUUGCCUCAGACGGCUGCCAAGCUGGAGGAGAACACGGAUGAGGUGGCACCUGUCCCAGAGACUACAACUAUCUCUGAGAUUGCAUCUGUGUCUGAGGUUGAGUUGUUGCCUGAGACUGAGGCAUUGUCUGGAAAGGAAGCGCCAGCAAGCUCAUAGAAGUGAAAUUAUCAGCGCGGAAGCCAUGAAGGAGAAGAGCGCAAGCUAGUGGGGUCUUCAUACCUCCUCCGCCUGCUCUUCCUGUAGGAUGUUUUUACGAUGAUUGUAUAUAUAAUGGUAGUCUUGAUACACCGCAUAGAGAAAAGAAACAGACAUAGACAACUUCCGCCAUAAGCAGAACAGAGAUUGGUUCAUUCAUGUCAACUUCGGUAAAGUGGAAGAGCAAAAGAUCGUGGAAGCCGACCAAUCCUCGAGAUGGAUCUUGAUCCCUCACAAGCUUGAGGACAUGUAGAUAAAACAAAAAACAUACAACACCAAGUAUUCGCUGGUCGUCACCGACCCAACUACUAAUCCGGCCCUCAUUGGCUUAUCUA